UUCCUGAUAAUAACAUAUAGUGUCCGUUGUUUAUUUAAGAAGAAAAUAUCAAACAAAUCGCGUUCCGCGUUUCGCAGGCCUUCGCGGCAGCAAUUGGCAUUUUUUUUAUUAGAAAUCGUUUAUAUAAUAUGGUCGUGUACUUUUUUCGGAAAUAAAUAAAAAAAAAAAUAAAUAAUAAUCCGUGUCUUUUUACACAGUCGAGUGAUGUAGGAGAAAAAACGUAAUUAAAUUUAAUAAUGAACAAUAAUAAUAUUGUACUUAACCUUUGCCAGUGCGAUUUACUAGUGUAAUACGGUCCGCAAUUAACCGCCGCCGCCGCCGCCGCAGUGUGUCAUGUUGUGUUAUGAGAUGAUGGUUUUAUAGCGCGUUUAUAUUUAUUAUUAGUAAUAAUUAUUGCUAAUUGUAAUUUCCGGCACAUUAACCAACAGUAAAUAAUAAUUACCGCUAUUACCGAUUAUUAUUAUUCAGUACAAUUUAAUAUAAUACCGUCGUGCACGUCUUAUUGCAUAUUAUUAUUAUAUCCAUCUCACACCUCACAGGUAUUUAAUAUAGAACAAUGGCCGAUUUAUCAAUGAAAGAAUCGCCUUGUUACGACAAGUGCAUGCCCUUUUUAUGUACGUCGACGCCAUACAAAAUCAUAAAUGACAGCGGAUACGAUACGCCGAGUUCCACUCUUACCAACGCCUCAUCCAACUACAGUCAUGAAGCGUCCAUGAGUUUCGAUCAAACGUUGUCAUCCGAUUUUGCUACGACUCAGUUUUCGUUGUGCACGCCGAGUUUUUCUCAAAAGAGAAGCAUAAAGAAAUUGGAAGACAUCACCAACAAGACUGAUUGUACAGUUAAAAAUAAAUUCAUCGAAGAGGAACCCCCCUCCGUUACGGAAUUAUCCCCUUCGAAAAAAUUCAAGUCCUCUUCGGACCUGCGAAUGCGUUUCCGGAUAAACAAAUGUCCAAAACAAGACGACCAUCUGCAGAAGAAAAAAAACAUAGACUCGCCGAAAAUCGUCAGCCACGAGCGAGCGUCGCUGGAAGGCCGAGAUCACGUGGACAUCAUGUAUUUUUUGGCAGAGCGCAACCAUUUCGGACUGGUCGUGGAAAAAAUAUUUUCGUAUCUAUCAGACAGUGAUAUUGUACCCGUGUCGAUGGUGUCCAAAAUUUGGAACAACGCCGUGCAAAAUUCGCCGACGGCGCAGUCGAAGAGGCAGAUUUAUUUUAAAUUGUCCAAGGAGAACAGAGGGUGCGAAGGCCGAAAUCGAGCGGCCAUGAUCAACAAGGGAUGCUUGUCUAAUAUCGGGAAUGUCAUGCGUUCGCCCACCAAAAGAGAUUUGACUCCGCGGAGUCCGCCCGUCAGUCCUAGUAAAUACAGGUGGCACGUGUUCCAAAAGGAAGCGAAAAAGUUGAAUCCCGAUCAGCGCCUGAUACGAUGUCCGUUGUGCACGAUGCCGUCGUCGUGGACGCCCACCCAAUCGACCCGAGCCCAGUGCCACAGGAUACACUGCCGGUAUACGUUUUGCACGAGUUGCAUGUGCGAAUACACCGUCGUGCCCGUACACAAGUGUCGUUCGACGCCGAUAUCGUCUCAUGCCCGGCAGACGCUCAUUACCAGUAUGUCUAGGAGUAAGCACAACCUACGCAGACUGUUGUGAGAAACCUCUGAAUAAGAUAAUUAUUUGUUAAUUAAUUUAUUGUGAAAACCAUGAAUACCUCCCUUUUCGGCGUUGUGUUUUUAUCUCACGGUGUGCGUCUUAAUCGGCCACGGACGCGUUUCAACGUUCUGUAUCCAGAAUAUUGCGUUCCCCACCCUUUAAAAUCGGCGUCGGCCGUUAAACUGUAAAACACCGUUAAUUAAUUUAUAUUACGAUGAUCAUUCCUCAUUUUGUUUAAAAAUGUUCUUCGAACAAUUGCAUUUAAUUUUUUUUUUUUUUAAAUUCUAGAGUUAACUUGUUUGUAAUUUUUUUUUUUUAUUACAUUUUUAUCACUUAACUAUUUAAUUUAUUGUACAAAAUUGUAUUUAUUGUAUUUAUGAAGUCACUAAUUAUUUUGAAAAACGAUUGCUCAAAAAACGGUUAAACGAAGUAGAUUAACUUUUUGAACGCAAAUUUAAUAAUAUACCAGACUGAAUAAGAUAAUACGAAAAUAUGUUACCAGUGCCUUCAAUGUUUUUUUUUUUUUGUUUGUUUUAAUACUUUGGCGAGAAUAUUAUUAAUUUUAUUCGGAAUACUUGUGAAAGAUACAAAAUUUAGAGGGUUGGCUCUCUAUUGUAUUUUUGAAAUCCUCUUUUUUUUGUUUUUGUAUCGUUAUCGAGAUCUGAUAAAUGAACCUACUUAAACGUUUGCGACAGUCAUUCGAAAUAAAAAUAUAUUUUUAAUAAUUAAGUGGAAUUUUCGUCCAGUGAAUUUUUCAAGCAAAGUUUGUGUCUGUUCUGUUUAAAAAACAAAAACAACAAUAAAGGCCUUCCUAAACUGUUGUAUAAUAUGUAAUGUAUGUACUGUUCUAAUUUAUAACAAUUCGACUGAUGUAAUUGACGACAAUGUUAUUAUAUAAUUAUUAGUCUGAUUAUGUGUAAUUUUUUUUACGAUCAAUUUUUAUGAAUCAAAAAUUUGAAUUUGCUCAAUUCUAUAAAAAAAAAAUAAUACCAUUUCUAAUUUUAAAUACAUUUUUUUAUAUUUGUUUACGUUAAUUUUGUAAAGUCGGCGUCUCUCAAACGAACCGACGCGUUAAAUGUUUAGUUUUUUUUUAUCUAACUUUUUUUUUUACACCUAUUUGAUGAAUAAAAUGUUGUUAAAAAAAUAUAUAUAUGUAUGUAUAUAUAUAUUCCAUUUACGAUCUGUUAGAUUUUAUUUGUAAUAAUAUUAUAUUAAUUGUUUUGUAUUAUUAUUUCGUACUAGGAACUAAUAAUAUGUAUUUAAUAUAUUACGGUACAUUAUUCUCUGACCUUAACUCUACGUGUUUUAUAACAUGCUUGUUUGGAAUAUUGUCUGUACUCGAUUCAGUAUAGAAAUCGUAAGCUCCGAUAUUUGCCUAGAAAAAAAACAAACGAUAAGAUAUUACGUUUUGU